AUGAGUGCAGUCCAGGAAGCAGGUGACGCCGAACCCGUCCAGGUUCUGGUGUCACUCCACGACCAGAUGAACCUGAUGGAUGUUGCUGGACCCCUCGAGGUCAUGUCCAAAACCCUUCACAACCCCGCCGACAAAGAAAGCCAGGCCUUCGACAUCACCGUCUGCGCCGCCGAGCCUCGAGUCAUGACCAACGCAGGCAUCCCCCUAGGUGCUCAGAUCACCUUCGACGAGGCACACAAGCGUCUCAAGGAGUUUGACGUGUUGAUUGUCCCAGGCGGCAACAUCCUGAAGAUCAUCAAGGAGGAAGAAGAACCUCUCGACCUCAUCAAGGCCUACUGCGAGCUCCAGAAGAACGACCCCACACGUGAGCGUUCGCUCUUGGGCGUCGACACCGCUGCUCUCCUCUUCGCCAAGCAGGGGAUCCUCCAAGGUCUCGCUGCCACCACCCACCCAGACUGGUACAUCAAGAUGGAGCACAUGUGUCAAGAAGCCGCCAGCAACGACACCCAAGAGCGCACCGAUGUCAUGGAAGAGCGCUACGUCGUCAACCACGGCCGCUUCGAGAUCGGUGAGGAUGAAGAGGAGAACCCGUAUGUCUUCAAGAAGGCUAGACGCACUAGCAGUGCUCGCAAAGGUAGCGUGUUGCGCAGAAUGAGCAACACUAGACGUGAGAGCAUCAUCAAGCGUGCAAACAUGAAGCUUGGUGGCCUUCGCGUGAUUACUACGGGUGGCCCGGCUAGUGGUCUUGACGCGACGUUGUACCUGGUCAGCGCUUUAGUCAGCCACGACAGCGCCAACGAGGCUGCUCGUCUCAUGCAGUAUGACUGGGUCAAGGGCGUCGUUGUUGAUGCUAUCGAUGUCUAA